AUGGCCACCUUCCUCCGAAGGCCCGGCAACCUUGCUCGAUUCUCGAGGAGAGCCACAGAAUCCAUUAGUCGCACACCGAUUUCUCCUCGGGUACCUUCCUCGCGGCUUUCCUCCUUUAUUACAUCUCACCGCGUUCGAACAUUUGCCACUAGCGCCCCCGGAGGCCCUGACGACCAGUCCCGGAAUACCCAGCCAAGUGGCAGCGGGCCCGAGAACAAUCGCAAAGAUGAAGAGCCGAAGAAGCCGGAGUCGGUCCUGAAUGAAGAGGAUCAGAAGAAUCUAGAUGCUUUCGUGAAGCAUGUGGAGGGGCGUUUGCCUGAAUCGCAGCAUGCCGCUCUCCAUGAGAUGCGGAAAAUAUUGAUGCGAGAUGGAUUACCGGCCGAUGUGAAAACCUUCAUUGACAGACACCGCGAGGCUUCAUUGAUGGAUUACCUUCGGAUGAUUCGGUUUUUGCUGAAGUACACCAAUGAGCAAGCCAAACAGGAAGCCGAUAAGCAAGCCAAUGAGCAUAUUGCUCGUAUGACGAACAAAACUCCCGAGGAAGUCAAGAAGGAAUUCGAGGAGAUGAAAAAGCAGUCCGGCUCGGAGACAGAGAAGGGCAAGGAAGAACCUAAUCAGGAAAAGAAGGAGGAGAAGGGACAGCAACAGAAGAAGAAACCAGGGCAACCUCCCGUUGGAAAGGUGUUUGAGUUCCGAUUCGAUCCCGCCGCCUUCGCCGUUACCGCACUCGUCACAUACUACAUCUACCGCAGCUUCUUCCCCGGGGAGAGCAGUGGUCGUGAAAUCACCUGGCAGGAAUUCCGAUCCAACUUCCUUGACAAGGGCAUUGUUGAGAAGUUGACCGUGCUCAACCACAGUAGAGUCCGUGUUGACCCUAACCGUGAUGCCUUGGCUGCCUCAUACCCCGAUUCGAAUGGAAAUCCCGGCCCUGUAUACUUCAGCAUUGGCUCUGUGGACAGCUUCGAGAUGAAGCUGGAGCAGGCUCAGUACGAACUCGGUAUUCCGGCUCACGAACGCAUCCCCGUUGCUUAUGUCGAUGAGGUCUCUUGGGGCAGUGCUCUUAUGACCUUCGCUCCUACAUUGCUCUUGUUCGCUGGUAUUUACUGGUUCUCUCGCCGCGCUGGCGGUGGUGCUGGUGGCCAGAGCGGAAUCUUUGGUAUUGGUAAGAGUCGUGCAAAGAAGUUUAACCAGGAGACCGACAUCAAGAUCAAGUUCGCCGACGUUGCCGGUAUGGACGAGGCUAAGGUUGAGAUUAUGGAAUUUGUCAGCUUCCUCCAGCAGCCUGAGCGGUUCCAGAGACUUGGUGCUAAGAUUCCUCGCGGUGCUAUCCUCUCUGGUCCCCCUGGUACUGGUAAGACCCUGCUUGCUAAGGCCACUGCUGGUGAAUCCGGCGUGCCUUUCUUCAGUGUCAGUGGUUCUGAGUUCGUCGAAAUGUUUGUCGGUGUCGGUCCCUCUCGUGUCCGUGACCUGUUCGCCAACGCCCGGAAGAACACUCCUUGCAUUAUCUUCAUUGAUGAAAUUGAUGCUAUUGGAAAGUCCCGAGCUAAGCAGAACUUUGGUGGUGGCAACGAUGAGCGUGAGAGCACUCUGAAUCAGAUUCUUACCGAGAUGGACGGUUUCAAUACUUCCGAGCAGGUCGUCGUUCUGGCCGGUACCAACCGACCUGAUGUUCUUGACAAGGCCCUCAUGCGUCCUGGCCGAUUCGAUCGUCACAUCAACAUUGACCGUCCUACAAUGGACGGCCGCAAGCAGAUCUUCCGUGUUCACUUGAAGAAGAUUGUUACCGACGAGAACAUGGAGUACCUGGAAGGCCGACUCGCUGCUCUGACCCCUGGCUUUGCCGGUGCUGAUAUUGCGAACUGCGUUAACGAGGCAGCCCUCGUUGCUGCUCGUGAGAAUGCCGACAAGGUUGUUAUGAGGCACUUCGAACAGGCUAUCGAGCGUGUCGUUGGCGGUCUCGAGAAGAAGUCUCUUGUGCUGUCUCCCCAGGAGAAGCGCACUGUCGCCUACCACGAGGCUGGCCACGCCAUCUGUGGCUGGUACUUCCAGUGGGCCGAUCCCCUGCUCAAGGUGUCCAUCAUCCCCCGUGGACAAGGCGCUCUCGGUUACGCUCAGUACCUUCCCGCUAAUGGAGAUACCUACCUGAUGAACACCAACCAACUCAUGGACCGCAUGGCCAUGACCCUCGGUGGUCGUGUCAGCGAGGAGCUUCACUUUGACACAGUCACCAGCGGUGCUAGCGACGACUUCAACAAGGUCACCCGCAUGGCCACCGCAAUGGUGACCAAGUUUGGUAUGUCAAAGAAAAUCGGUUUUGUCCACUACGAAGAAGACCAAGGACAACAGUUCCAGAAGCCCUUCUCCGAAGAUACAGCCCGCAACAUCGAUACCGAAGUCCGCCGUAUCAUCGACGAGGCUUACAAGCAGUGCCACGAUCUUUUGACUGAGAAGAAGCACGAAGUUGGUAUCGUCGCUGAAGAACUUCUGUCUAAGGAGGUCCUCGGUCGUGAUGAUAUGAUCCGCCUUCUUGGACCCCGUCCUUACCCGGAGUCUAGUGAAUUCGCUAAGUACUUCGAUGGUAAGGGUGGUGCGACCUUCGCUCCCCCUGAGCCUACUACGAACCCCGAGGAGACUUCGGGUAAGGAUGGUCGGGAUCAAACUCCUCUCCCUUGA